AUGCAGUGGUCCCAGACCCCUGGCGCCUCUCCGUGUCUGGGCUGGGCCUCUUCGCUCGCCUGUUCCGCGGCCACGACGCUCCUGAGCCGAGCCGGCCGGGCCCCCCUCAUGGCGGCCAAGUGGUUCAAAGAGUUCCCCCUGAACCUGAAGACCGUGUCGGAGCGGGCCAAGCCCGGGGGCGGGGGCGGCGGCAAACUGCGCAAGAACUCGGAGGCGGCCGGCGCGGCGCUCACUGCGGGCAAGGGCCGCAAGAACUCGGCGGCCGAGCUGGGAAGCGGUAGGGCCGGGGUUGGCCCCCUCAAGGACAGCCGGCUGUCCCGGGACAGCCUGCAGGGUCUGAUUCAGGCUGCCGCGGGCAAGGGCCGCAAGAACUCCCGGGCCACCGAGGAGGACCCCCACCGGGGCGCGGCCAAGAGCUCGGGCUGCAGCACCUACAUCAACAGGCUCAUCAAGGUGGACACUCAGGAGAAGAAUGGAAAGAGCAACUACUCCAGCAGCAGCAGCAGCAGCAGCAGUAGCAGCAGCAGCAGCAGCAGCAGCUCUUCCUCCGCGUCCUCUUCCCCUUCCUCCCUGGGCCCCGAGCUGGACAAGGGCAAGGUUAUUAAGCAGCAAGACACGGUCAUCAUUUUAGAAGACUAUGCUGACCCUUAUGAUGCCAAACGGACAAAGGGUCAAAGAGAUGCAGAGAGAGUAGGAGAGAACGACGGUUACAUGGAACCGUACGAUGCACAGCAGAUGAUAACAGAAAUUAGACGACGCGGUUCCAAAGAUCCCCUAGUGAAGGCCCUUCAGCUGCUUGACAGCCCUUGUGAGCCAGGGGAGACCGGCAUGAAGUCAGAGACUUUGGCCAAAAGACAGAGUUCCAAGGACCUCCCGGGGAAGGCGCCACAGCUGUAUGACACUCCCUACGAGCCUGUGGAAGGGGGCCCCAGGGCAGAGGGGAAAGGGCGGCCAGCAGACAGCCGGCUGCCGGAGAACGACCAGAGGCCAGCGGCCGAGUACGAGCAGCCCUGGGAGUGGAAGAAGGAGCAGAUCGUGCGGGCGCUGUCAGUCCAGUUUGAAGGAUCUGAGCGACCUUCUGGCAGGGAGGAAACAGCGAGGCAGCACCACCGGCAGAAGAGCUGGACCCAGAAGAUCCUGAAGCCAGCCCUCUCUGAUCACAGUGAGGGGGAGAAAGUGGACCCGGGCCUGGCCCUGGAGAAGCAGCCUUGGUAUCAUGGUGCCAUUACCCGUGCUGAGGCUGAGAGUCGACUACAGCCCUGCAAAGAAGCUGGUUACCUGGUUCGAAAUAGCGAGUCAGGGAACAGUAGGUACUCCAUUGCACUAAAGACUAGUCAAGGAUGUGUCCACAUCAUAGUGGCUCAGACCAAAGACAACAAAUACACACUGAAUCAGACGAGCGCUGUGUUUGACAGCAUCCCGGAAGUGGUACACUAUUAUUCCAAUGAAAAGUUGCCUUUCAAAGGUGCAGAACACAUGACCUUACUCUACCCUGUGCACAACAAGCUUCACUAA